UGCUAACCGAUUUCUCGUUAGCUCGAAUGGAAAUGUCCGUCUCUGUCUGAUUUUUUAUUUGUUGUCUGAGUGAGUGAGGGCUGCUCAUCAGGAAGUAUCCAGCGGGCGAAACUUUAAAAAUAACUAUUUAACAUUUCGGCCAUGGCCAUGUCUCGUUCUCCUCUGUACGACAAAGAACAGGCCGGCGCAGUCUCAGCAGGCGCGAGUUGCAGUGGAUUUACAAUGAAAAUAUAUUCAAGGGACACAAUAUACCUGAAUAGGUUAACUGCAGAAGAUGGACGGAGACAGCUCAACCACCGACGCCUCCCAGCUGGGCAUCACUGGAGAGUACAUGGCAUCCGGUCACUACGUUCUUCAGUCUCAAGAUGACGACGCAGAGGAGAGUCUGAAUGACCACGAUGACAGCGGCAUCAAAGAGAACUUCAGGGAGCAGGACAUCUAUCUUCCUAUUGCUAAUGUGGCUCGCAUCAUGAAGAAUGCUGUUCCUCAGACUGGAAAGAUUGCAAAAGAUGCCAAAGAGUGUGUACAGGAGUGUGUGAGCGAGUUCAUCAGCUUCAUCACAUCAGAGGCGAGCGAACGUUGCCACCAGGAGAAGAGGAAGACCAUCAACGGGGAGGACAUUUUGUUCGCCAUGUCCACGCUGGGCUUCGACAUGUACGUGGAACCACUGAAGCUUUACCUGCAGAAGUUCCGAGAGGCCAUGAAGGGGGAGAAAGGGAUCCCAGGGGUGGCAGUGGGAGAAAGCCUGGGAGAGGAUCUCACAGAUGAUAGCUUCACAAAUCCGCUGCCGGCUGGGAUUAUCACAGCAGAUGGUCAGCAGCAGAACGUCAUGGUGUACACCACCUCAUAUCAACAGAUUCCAACUGUACAACAGAUCCAGUUUUCUUGACGAGGCCUUAACCUGAGCCUGAACUCACAGCGGCUCCUUACCAGGCCCACGUUCGCCAGAUGACCUGUGACCUCACCACAGGGUAAAGGUUAUCAGACAGAGGGGGAGGGGGGGGCGUCUGCAGAAACCCUCAUGUACAGAGAAAUCACUACCUGAUCAGUAGAAAGUGUAGUUUCUAGUUGUGAGGUACCAAAUGUUUUGGAGUGCAUCCAAACCAGCUGGGAAAUUGAGGCUUUAUUUUUAAGGCUAGUGUUAUGUUAUUUAGUGACUCUUUUCUUUUUGUGUAUGUGUGUUGUAAUGUGUUUGCUUUUAUGCCUCUUCUUCCUUUUGGGGGCUGGGGGAAUAGGGGGAAGUGCUGUAUUGGAUGCUUAUUUUUGAACACCUUCUCUGUUUGAACCAAGACAAGCCCCGUUAAUACGGUCAUGUCAGAUCAUGCAGCUCUUUUGUAAGUUCACACAGUUUACCAUGUGCUAUAAUGUUAUGUAAAUCCUUUGAAUAAAAAUUCAAAAGAGA